AAAGCCUAGAAAUCGACAGCAAAGACAAUAUCAGAACGUAGCAGAAAGUCGUAAUCUUCUGUUUUAUUUUCGUUAUUUCCUGCUUCUUUUCUCUUAGAAUGUAGCAGUGUACGCGGUUUCGAAGAAUGCGCGCAGAUAAAGCGCGCAAACACGUGCGUUGGCAUUCCAAAAUGGCGAAAAAAAGUAGCGAAUGGAAUCGAAUUUUCGAGAGUACGAGCUGCUGGGACUCUCAGUCGUUUAUCAACAUUCAACACAAGUAUCUGCUAAGUAAACUGCGAAGUCAUCAUGCCAGAUAAGGAAAAAGAGAACACUCAUAAUUUAAUAGUAAGUAAACGGUGUUAAAAUUGUGAAGUUUUAAGCUUAACUUUUCGCAAGUGUUUGUAAUUACUCCGUAACGCCGCUCACUCCCGAUUAAUGACUUCUCGGCGAAACAGUCUGCAUGUGCAGACUGUGUGUAGAAGGUUGUGAAUUUGUUUUCCACCCCUGUAUGAGCGUUUGUUCAUUUAUGGCUGUAUGAUUAUCUUUGUUCAAGGUGGCCGUUAGAGUGAGGCCUUUGAAUGCUACAGAAGUGGAGGAUAAAAAUUGUACGGAGAUUGUGCAUGUGCUUGACGAAAAUGUGAGUGGCUAUAUAAGUUUACAUUCAAUAUUUUUAUGGAUACAGUUCGCCGUUUGAGAGGACUGCUCUUUGCAAUAACGAUGAUUACACCACGGGUACCCCUUUACAACUUGUAGCUCGUUAAGUUUGGGUUCAAACGUUAUAUGCUUUUGUAAGUGCAUGUUUUGCGCGGUGCUUGAGAGAUCGGAAAGGAUAUCGUGGCUCUCAUUACUUUAGUUUAUAUGGGAAAGCUCAUUGUGCCUGUUUGUUUUUAGUCUCGUAGUCAUUCAAAACCAUCCAUCUUUGUGUUCCGGUUCUUAGAAGAGUUUGCUUCGGUCCUAGCUUCUUUAUUCAAUAAUAAAAGAGAGUAAUAAAACAAAGACUUAGUAUUCUUUUCUUGUAAAUUUCCGAAAAAAUUAUUCAAUGAAUAUGAAUGAAGCAAUGAGACUUGAAACAAUACUGUUUCUAUGCAAGGAAUUUUUUCUUGGAAAAAUUCAUUGCAUUGAAAACAAGGAAGUGCAGCAAUAUUGUAAUAUGUCAAAAAUAUUAACUACUGAACAAGAUGUAUUAACUAUAGUCCCAGCUCUCAUAAGCGACCACCUCAGAAAUUCGAAAAAGUGGUUGUAACCAGAGCCAGUCACUUACGAGAAUGAGCUGUUGUAAGCGACUGCGUGGUAAAACAAUAGAAGGUGGUCGCUUAUGAGAGCUCAUUAAUAAUUCAUAAAGAAAAAACAAAAGAAAUUUUGUUUAAGGUUAUCUGAAAUAGACAUGGCUAAACUUUUUUUAGACCAUUAGUGCAGGUGCAGUUUCAUUUAAGUGCUGAUUUACUAUGAAUAAGACUCUGAGUGGCCAUUGAGAAGUCGCUUGCAAGAGCUUAAAAACAAAGGAAAAGUCCAGUUGUGUAAUCCUAAAAGUGUUCAUGGUCGUUUAUGGGAGUGGUUGCUUACAACCGCUUUUCAUUACAAAUUUUAAGUCACAGGAAAUACAAAUUUAAUUGAAGAUAUGAUUGUGGCAGUGGUAAUUGAAAAUAAUUUCGGGACUUCAACGGUAUUGAAACUCGUGGCCUCUGCAUUAGCGCUGCAGUGCUCUACCAAUUGAGCCAUGAAGACCCAUACAUUGGGAGCAGAUUAUUGGAUUAAAUUUGUAAUUCCUUAAAUUGCAAUUACCACUGCAAUGAUCAUAUCUUCAUUUAAAUUUGUAUUUCCACAGUUAUAUCCAAAGUUUUAUCAGUUUGCUUUUCACUAACACAUUUCUCUUCUAAACAAAGAGAGGGCUAUUAUAUACUAAUGUGUCUUAAUGUGCACUGAUGCAUUUGAUUUCAGAGCAGACGUGUAAGUUUCUCAGCCUAGUCGCAUGGACUCGUCCAGUCGGAUGCAUAGACUCCUAUUUACUGAUGUGUAUAAUCAGCGUGCAAAGAAAGUAGUGUCCGAUAGCCCGGGGCUAGUGGAUUUUGCUAUCGGGCUAGUGAAUUCUGUUUUUAACGUGCCCGACAGGCAAGUGAUGUCUUAUGAGGAAUUUGAAUAACAGAAGACCAAAAAGUUAUUGGGGCUAGUUGAAAUGACGUCUGGGCUAAUAAAUGCUAGCUUCAGCUUGCCCGAAUGGCAAGCUGUAAAAAUGAUUUUCUUUGCACCCUGAUAAUUUACGCGAAUAUUUUGGUGUGCUUAGUUUGGGCAUGCACUCUACAUGCACUGGACUGUAGCCUGUGUUGCAAAUGCAAAAUUAAGUUAACCUCUGUUUGUAUGUCUGAAGCAGUGCCAAUGUCCUUGUUCUGGGACUUAACUGGAGUUCAGUUUUGUCUGUGGCACAGGCUUACUUAACUAGUGACCCCUUAAAGGAAAUAUUAGGAUAUUUCUGUGAGAGUUAUUUCAGUAACUCUGGUGGAUUGACAUAUUAUAUUUCAGCUGGUGGUAUUGAAGGAUCCUAAUGAAGAUCAAGAUGAUGUUUUGAGGGCAAACAGGUCCAGAGAAAAACAGUACAUUUUUGAUUGUGCAUUUGGUCCAAACUCAAGUCAGGUGAGUCAUAUAAUGACAUAUUUAUUUUUUUCUGGAAUCAGCGGUCAGAUAGUUUUUGUUUUGUUUUGUGAGUGGGUUAAUCCCCACGCCCAUUACAAAAUAAUUUCAUUACUGAUAAGCAUUAAUUAUAUCCUGUUUGGGAAAAAGGUUAGGGUUUUAGAUAUGUUAAAUCGCAGUAUUGUGAUGAUUUCUCCCCUUCAAAAAUUUCAAAGGGAAAAAGUCUUUACAAUAUUAUUAAUAUUCUAGCUUGGUCAAGGAAGUGUCUUGAGUAACUGAUUCCUUUUUUUUAGUGUAGGGGUUCCAAAAUCACAGCCUGCAUGGUUGUGAGCAUGUUGUGUUUCAAGUUAUUGUAAACAAGCAGUAUUUCUGUUUGGAAACCCACUAAUAAGUAACUCGCCAUAUCUAGUAACAUGCACUUGAGUUGCUGAUCUAUAGAUCACUUGCUUUGGCCUGUGAUUUGCUAACUGCAUACAUGCCAACUCUCGCGGAUUAUCCUUGAGUCUUCCUGAUACGGCACUGAUCUCCCGCUCUCCCGUACGGGUCACCAUACAUGUAUUUCCCGAAUAAAAUCAUCUUUUGAAGCCCAUUUUUGGCUCCAAACUUGAAUUUUUCUUAUUCGCAGUAGAGUUUCUGGGGCAUUUUUGCUCGUAUUUAGUCACUUACAAAGAUUAUUUCUGGCAUUAGAAUGAUGAUAGACUACGAGUAGUCCCCAUUUUUCCUCAGGGAUAGUAGAGCGAGCAAAACGCGAGCGUGCAUGUAAACCACCCCACAUGAGAAAGGCGAGAUUUGGUGGGGAGAGAGGAAAAUGACACCGCCACAUCUCGCCUUCUUGAUAGUAUGUAUUUCAUGUAAGACUUCUUGUAAUGUCCUAAGACAUUUCCAUUGGGGGCUGGGUCAAUUUGUCGGGGGGAUGGGGUCUGUUGAAAUUCCGGGGGGGUAGUGAAAAAAAGAGAGUCUCAAGAUUUUAGAUCUCCAGAUGUUGGCAUCUCUGUAACUGUUUCCAUGUUUUUCCAACAUCCCACGUGGGUUAUUUCUUGGUAAACCAAUAAACAAUGUGGCAUUGCUAACAAACGUCUGUCACCUACAAGUAAUACAUUUAUCUGUACUCUACAGGCUGAUGUUUACAGUGAAGUGGCCAAACCAUUGAUUGAAAAUGUCAUCACAGGAUACAAUGCCACAGUGUUUGCUUAUGGAGCCACAGGUACAGUCGACUCCUGAUAACAUGAACCCUCGCAAACUCAAACCAAAAUUGAUUUCCCCUUGAUUUUCUCCAUACACUUACUGUAAUUUUACCCUUGAUAACCACCUGCUAACUCGAAGAAAUUUUUGUUUCCCUUUAGAUAAUUUCUAUAUAAUUUUACCCUCGAUAACUCGGACCAUGUUUUAAGCAUAGUUACAGUAAUAUUGCACAUUAAAAAUGUGUGAAACAAUUUAUCUGUUUUAAGUUAACUAGCAUUGGUUCUCAGUUGUUAAAACCCCCUUAAAAUUUCAUCCCCCUCUACCCCAGAACUCUCAUAAUUUUGUCAAGCGAGUGAAAGGUGAUGAGUGCAAAAGAACCGAGAUGCCUUCAAUUUCAGAAGUUUUGGGACGAGAGAAAUGUUGUUUUUAUUUGAGAAAAAAGUCUCGUGAAUAGUCAAUCAGUAAAGAGAGCUGGUACAUGUAGGAGGAGGGCGGGUCAGAAAAAAUAUCCUUCACAAACAGGGGGGGGGGGAGGGGGUGAGGUCAGGAAAAUUAAACUUGACCUCCCUGUAUUUUCAAAUAAGCCCCCGCCCCCUUUAAAUUAAUAAUGGUCCAUCCCUUAAUUGUGAUCGAAUUGGUGAUUUUUGAAACUGUCCUGAUGCAAUGUUAGAAGAAUUUUUUCAUUAUUUUUUCUGAAUUAAUUUUUAGGAGCUGGAAAGACAUUUACAAUGUUGGGUACUGACAGAGAGCCUGGCAUAAUGGCACGUGCCUUGAAUGACCUUUUUUAUGAAAUGGACAGAACCAAGGAAGACAUGAAGUACAAGGUUUCAAUGUCAUAUUUAGAGGUUAGGAAUAUUAUAACCGUCAAAGUUUUCAAUGUGCUACUGCACAAACAUUCUCUUAGACCUGAUAUGCCUACAUCUUAAUUUUGACUCUAUAAUGAUGUAAUGUGUGUUCUACUUCAACAGAUCUACAAUGAAAUGAUUCGUGACUUGUUAAACCCAUCUUCUGGAUUCCUUGAGUUACGAGAAGAUAGUAAGGGAGUGGUUGUUGCUGGUAUCUCUGAAGUACAAGCUAAGAAAACUAGUGAGGUAAAUAUUGAUUGUAGCCAUACAUGCAUCUUGGUGAACUUGUGGUUUCAUGUUCAAGGUUUGGUCUUCUUAAAAUUUGAAUUUUAUGGUGAACUUGAAAUAUUUUAUUUAGCUUUAACAAUAAUUUUUUCAAUUUCUACCAUUUAUCUUUUAUUUCCUUUAUUUCUGACUGUGGUGUUUAAUUUUUUCCCCCUUUUGUAGGUAAUGGACCUACUUGUGAUGGGGAACAAACAGAGAACCUCUGAACCAACAGCAGCAAACAAAACCUCAUCAAGAUCUCAUGCCGUCCUACAGGUUGGAAAAAGAUAUGUGUUUUCUUGUUUCACCUUCACCUUAAACCCUUAUUACUUCCCCUGUUAAAAUGUUACUUUGAUACAAGUCAUUCUUGUCACAGGUUAAUAAAUUCAAUGAAAGUGCAUUUUAUUUAUUUAUUAAUUUAAUAUAUCAAUAAAAUGCACUUUAUAUGAGAGUCAAUGUAUUUAGCACAAAAGUACUAAUUGGGGACACAAUUUUUUCCGCCUCUUACUGGAGACAAGACCGCCAUUUUAUGUGGUCUUCCAAGCCAUGUGAAGGUCUAGCCGCUUGCAGUACAAAGAGAGUACCUUCAUUUCUCAGUUAUUUUAAGACCCUGAGUAUUGGUCUGGCCCCAGGAAAAUCGAACCUGCAACCUCCCGCUCUGCAGUCAAGCGCUCUACCGACUGAGCUAACGCUGCCGCAGUUGUAGUUACCUUGUUACCACUACCUUGCAUUUUAGCAGUACGCCAAGUUUUUGAGUCGUGGAACGUAAUGAUUGUGUCUGUUUUGCAAUGUAUCUACAGUAGACUCCUGAUAAUUCGAACCUUCAAGGGAAACAAAAAAAAGUUUGAGUUACCUGGCGUUCAAGUUAUCAAGGGUAAAUAGAAAAUGUUCUGAAGGGAAAUGACAAUUGCUUCGAGAUAGCGGGAGGUUCGAGUUAUCAGGAGGCGACUGUACAACUGAUUUUACACCUUUUUAAAUAGGUUACAGUCACCCAGAAAAGUCGUGUCAAGAACACCAUUGAUGAAUUCAGAGUUGGAAAGCUGUUUAUGAUUGACUUGGCAGGAUCAGAGAGAGCUGCACAAACAAAGGUUUGCAAAUGAUUUCCGGGGGGGGGGGGGGGGGGGGAUUUCGGAAGGGGGGACCACGGAGGGGAGCCCUCCCGGGGAUUGCUGAUCUUAAUGGUGUAUCCACGCCUCCCUCCAUCUUUUAUCAUGGGGCCUCACUUAUUUUGCGGCCCAGAAAGGCAAUUACUCACAACAAUGGGGGGGCAGGAUUUUUCGAAGGGGGGGUCACAGCAGGGAUACCAUCCUGGGAUUGCUGACUAUAUAUGGUUUAUACCGCUGCUCUCCCUCAUGUAUCAGCGGGCUCAGUCAUAUUAUCGCAGCAUGAAGGCCAAUAUUAACUAAAGACAAGAGCCUUUGACGAAAAUACUUUACAAAAAACCAAAUUUUAAAAAAGUGGCCUUUUCAACAAUGGCUUUUACGGCCAAGAUAUUGUCAUGGCGUUUUCGCCACCUGAAUAUUGUAGGUUGUUUGCUCAAAAGAAGGCCUACCAAGGGGGGGUCAUGGGUGAACAGUGCUCAUGUCUGUUUUCUGUCUUUUUCUGUCUUCUAGAAUCGUGGAAAGAGAAUGAUAGAAGGGGCACACAUCAACAGAUCUUUGCUUGCACUUGGAAACUGCAUCAAUGCAUUGAGUAUGUGAUGUUAUUUUAAAAAAGCUUAUUAUGAUCAAGCGGGAUGCACUGAGAUGGCAAUCUCUGGAGAUCUGGGAUGUCAAUUUAAUAAAACUUUUACACAUGUAAUUUACAAGUGUGGCUAUUGUUCUUAGACUCUAAAACAAUGGCUACACUUGUAAAUUACUCAUGUAAACUUACUUUUAUCCUUUCUUAGGUGAAAACCGAGGUCAUUAUGUCAACUACAGAGACAGCAAAUUGACAAGACUAUUGAAGGUAUGGAAGUGUAAAGCUUGCUUGAAAAUAGAACAAAGUUCUAUGUUUUCUACAUAGACUUCUUAAUUUUCGGUGCCUAAAAUUGUAAGACAAGUUGUAAGUUGCUCUAAUGUAAUAGGGGCUUGCUUUUUUUUGGUGUAGGACUCCUUGGGUGGUAACUGCAGAACAGUCAUGAUUGCUCAUGCAAGUCCAGCAAGCGGUUCAUUUGAAGAGACUCGCAACACUCUUUUGUAUGCAGACAGAGCCAAGAAUAUCAAAACAAAUGUAAGUAUGAACAAGGGAAGCAAUGGAUGGUGCAGUUGUGAGAACAACAGUGGGUAGAAUUUUCGCUGUGUCAACUGGCAUGUGGAAAUAUAGCCUCUUCUUCCGGGAACUUUCCCGUGUGUGGACAGACAAAAACGGAGGUUUUCGAAUACAGUACCAGAAUUACGCUUUCUCUGUAAGGAAUGUUAUCAUAUUUCGAUCGUUUAUGUGUUUUUAUAUGAACGGGCCAAAAGAUUCAAAUAUGCUAGGAGUGGAUGCUUGUUCCCAGAUAAGUGUGGACAGGGCCUAAGACAAUACUGCAAUGAUCUGUCUUCCAAAGGGACUUGGGACUUCCUAGCUGGGGUGUACUGCCCUAUUUUUCAGAUCUUGGCCCCUUUCUUUCUUAUGCACUUCCAUGGUUCCCUUGAAAACCAUACUUGUCUCCAAAGCAAAAUGGGCAAAUUCUGUAUCCAAUUUUCAGACCAAAAUGGCCCAAAAACCAUACCCUUUGGGGCGGCACAUACCUACCAGUAUAUGGUUUAUACAAGGAAGACCCCCUGGGUCUGUCUUUAAUUUUUACUAAUUUUUGUUGAUGUUGGCAGGUGAAGCCAAACCAGUUCAGCGUGUCUUACCACAUUGCACAGUAUACCAACAUCAUUGCUGAUUUGAGGAAGGAAAUCUUUCGGCUCAAGCUCAAAAUAUCUGAACAUGACACAGAAUCAAACGAUGGCAACAGCUCAAGUAAGUUUCUGAAAGACAACACAUUAAGUUAUCAGCUUUCUCUUAUAGAGGUAAUUAUAAUAAAACAUGUCAUUGAUUUUAGUGUUCCAAUGUAUUCCUUUUACUUUUUGACAUCUUGUUAUGUUGAAAGAAAGAGAAAGGACAUCAUAGCCUGCAAGCAAGCUAUCUUGUGGCCCCCAUAACUUCCCAGAAAGCUUGCCUGCAGGCUAAGAACAUUAGCCUGCAAGAAAGCUCUUGUGGGUGCUCUGGCAGUGGGGCGGGAAAAGGAAGGAGAGCUUGCAACUAUGUCUCUGGAAUUUGAAUUCCACCUCCAAUUCCUCUGUGUUUUCCCGUUGACUGAGCUGUCAGAUUUCGGCCAAUCAGCGCGAAAUGGAAACAAGUGCGAAUGUAAACAAACAUUGAAAAUCAUGUGCCAAGGGUAAUGACAUCAUUACUAAUGUCAUCACCGUCAAUCAGCAUUUCUCAUCAACUUUUUUAUGCAGAUGUUCCAAUUCCAGAGACGUAGUUGCACGCCCUCCUUCCUUUUCCCACCCCGCUGCCAGAGUGCCACAGAGAGCUUGCUCGCAGGCUAAGAACAUCAGUUCAACUUUUAUACAUGCCAAAUUCCAUGGUUUACACUUGAUUGUACAUGUAAUACCAGUGAUUCUAAAACCUCAAUCUCGUGUUGAUAUUAACCUCGCAGGGCAAGCUUGAAUAAGUGAUCUUAUUUGCUUUGUGCUAGCCUGCAAGCAAGCUCUCCUGUUUAGGGAAGCAAAGCAAGCCUCGCGAGCUCGCGGCUUCACCACUCGCUCGCGAGUUCUCGCGAGACUCGUUUCAUUCGCCCAAACAGGAGAGCUUGCUCGCAGGCUAGCUUUGUUCUAGCCUAUGUACAGCCGCCCCCUCCCCUCCUCAGCGGGGGAGGGGGGUGGCUGUACACAGGCUAGCUUUGUGUGUAACUCAUAAUCUCUGCAUGAUGUUGUACUAUUGUAUUCUUUCUGGCUCCACCCCUAAAGUGAUGUAGACCUUGCUUGACGUUGUUCUCUUUUGUUCUGGAAGAAAAAGAGGAGUGCAAGGACAAGAAUCCAGAGGAGAUGAAUAGACUGAGAGAUCAGCUUGUUGGUACAUUCAAAGAGCAGAUGGAUAUCAGGUUAAUUUCUUUAGAAAAAUAGACAAAAUAGCCAGAACAGGAUGGAAAGUAUGCAAGUUAAGUUUUGCUUUUCAAAACAAGAAAAAAAGAAUGGUGUUUCCGUGUAUGCUUAGUACCUGCCAAAGAGGAAUGAUAAGUCAAGUCACCUAUUACCUGGAGUCUGGAAAAAGAAAUUAUUGUUUUGGGAAAAAACUAUGGAAAAAGUCUUGAAUUAUGGAUCCAAAAAUCUGUACAAACCCUGGAAUAAGAGACAUUUGCGGAAGGCCCAUGGUAGGAAAUAAGGACCAACAGUACUAUUUUUCAAUUUUAGGCGCAAACUUAUCGAACUGGAGGAUACAGCAAUGCAGAUUUCACUGGACAUGAACCGAUAUAUGUUAGUCAUUGACGAGUAAGUGUAAGACAAUCUUAUGAGAAAUCCUUUCCAGCUAACAUUACUGUCAUUGAGGAAAUAAGACAAAUGUUUUUUCGAUUAAAGGCUCAGAAGAGUUUGCAAUGGAAAAAUGUUGGUUGAGUAGACGAAAGCCCGCUGGAAGAAAGAUUAAUUAGUAAUGUGACUUUCCCUCUUUCUUGAGAAUGGCACCAGACGUUGAUUUCGGCGCGAUUUCAGUAACCGAGCGGAGCUGCGCCGCCCCGAUCUCUUAAGGUGAUUUUACACGGGACGAUUUGCAAGGAGGAUUUUUAGCGCAACACAACGUUGCAACGGUGGAAAAAUGUUGUAACCAUUCGAAACAAUGUUGCAACGAUGUUACUCUAAAAACCGUCGUUUUCAAUCGUCUCGUGUAACGUCACCUUAAAGAGGAGAGUCUCAUAUCGGAUGGAUGUUCAUACUAUUCCGGGUAGUUUUUGUGUCGGCAUGGAAAGCUAUCCCGUACAGUGUGAACAUACUCUAAGUCUAAUACAAUGAAUGUGACUCUCAUGUACCGUGCUUUAAACAAACGUUAUCUUUUUUGUGCUCUAGUUUCUUAACUUUUGACUUCUUCCCUUUACUUUAUAAUUUCAGGUGGGAACAAGAGAAGGCCAGACGGGGAGUUCGAAAAACGUCAAGAACCCUAUCUGAAAAAUCCGAAGCGUUAGUUUCGGAAUCAGGAAAACAGAGCAGUGAUUCCUCUACGCAGAAUGAGGACUUUUCCAACGAAAACAGCCGAGAAGGCACACUUUUGAAAUCAGACAGUUUAGAGGAUGUAGAAAGCAAAGACUUGGACACUGAAAAGAAUCAGGCAUCAGAACCAAAAAAUAAUGAAGCUACAACGAUUGUAGAACCCGAGGAGGUUGCUUUUGCGCGAGACGAAAUCACUACGCUAAUUGCAGAAGAAAAACGCACCUCAGAACUGAAAACUGAUUUACAGGGAAAACUUCAGCAAACAAGAAAGGAGGUCGAAGCUUUGGAGGAGCUUUUACCCAAGAAAAUCAGCAGCGAGGAAAAUCGAGAAAUCUUGGGUUUGCUGUGCAAGGUGCACGAGCUAGAGAUAACAAAUGCCGAAUUACAGUCGAGCUCAUUGCUAAGAGAGAACUUACUGCGUCAAAAAGACUUGGAAAUGAAUAAAUUUGAGUCGAGACAGAGACUGUGCGAUGAAAUUAUUCAGAUGCAAAGAGGGUUCAUUAAUGGUAAGCUUCCUGUAGUGUUCUAUGAAGAAGAAGUUCAAUUCAGAACCAAAUAACAAAGUGAAAGCCGUUAAAACAGUGGAUUCGUUGGGUGAUUUUUAACUACGCAAUUUCUAUUUAGAUCAGGAACCUGAACGGCGUUCCCUUGCUUGACUCAAUCCUCGGAAAAAUGACAGACGAAUAUAUGAAAAAUCUAAAGCAAGUGUCUGGAGAAAUUUACGCACAGUAACGGCCCCAAAAUUUGUUAGUUUUUGUUAGCUGUGUAGCUUUAGUUUACAAUUCACAUUUUUUUCAAAACAGCCGUUUUACGGAAAUUAUUCGACAUUAGAUUCUCAUAAUACUGUAAUUUCUCACGCGUUUGCCUACUCGUCAAGAAGGCGUCGAAAACCGUGACAAGGUCUAUUACGUCCGAUGUUACGGUUAGAGGGAAUGUGGAUAACCGCUUGUUUAUGUUGGAAUGGAGUAUACCCUUUAUGAUGUCCUGUUUUUAUUUUUUAAGAUUCAGGAGUCCAGUGUUCUGCAGAACUAGAUGCACUUUAUGAGGUUUACAUGGAGCAGUCGGCUGACUUUGAACAACGGGAGAACACCGCGAGUACAGAAGAAAACACGGCAACCUCUUUGAACUCUAUUCAAAAAGUAAAAAUUUACAUCUUUUCGUGCUUUACAACACAGCUCUCUGAUUGCAUUUCUCCAGAAAGAAUUGCUUCCUUGAAUUGAGUUAAAGUAGAGUAUGAAGAGGGCAUUUCCGAAUUACUCUUAAGCCUCUUUUUGAUUUGAAACUCAUUUUCCAUGACAGAUUUUGGACUCAGCCUCAUUUUAAAAGCGAGGCUUUUUGGAAGUCGGAAAUGGUUUCCCUAGCCAAGUCUAAAGGCGGAGCUAUGGCCCUGUUUAAGUGUGGUCGUUUACUAGCUAGAAUACGUGACUCGAGACUGGUUGAAGGCUACAAGCCAUUAUUGCGUUAAUUUAUUUUUCUAAUGUAAUAAACCCUUUUUCAGGCAUCACUUCUAGCAGGAGUUAAUCGACGAAUGAUGCCUUUGGCACGAGAAAGAUUAUGUAAGUAUGCGUGCGUUGUGAAAAACGUAUUUCAUUGUUAAAUUGCAAGCGAAGUACUUACUCUAGGCGUGUACUUCAGAGGUGGCCAAUCAAGUCAACCAAUCAUAACUAGAGCCGCUUUAGCGUGUAUUGGGGUUUCCAUCACCAGUGUUCUUGCCGUUUAGAGAAAGGAAUGAUUUUCUACUGUUAAGUUUCUACUGUAUUUACAGAUUUUCAAACGCCAACAAAAGUCUUUUUCAAACUCUCCGCCUCGGGUUUAUUCUUAACAUAUUCUUAAAAUUUCGCAAAUUCCUGCCUCGAUAUUCUUACAAAAUAAAUUCUUAUAUAUAAAAAAAAGAGUGUAUAAAGCUGCCCAACGCGGAACUAGGGAAAUCAUUAACUUGCACUCGCUUACCCUGCACCAUGCUAUCCUUAUCUGUAUCUUAGGUCUAUCACCGUCGAUUCAUGUUCGUUAUGUUUUUUACUCUGAUUCUCAAUUGUUCAAAUUAAAAGUGGCUUUCGUACCCCUCCAAUAUUGUUAGUUAUUAACGGCGUGUAAUCCUUUGAAACAUUCCUUUUUUGGCGAGAAAUAAGAACAUCACAGAGUGCGUAUAACAUGGAUAUAAUUUCCGGGGUAAUUCUUACAAACUAACGGCAAAGCCUCCUAGAAUCAGGGACAAUUCUUAAACAUGUACGUCGAAUUAAACUGAAUUGUUUUCCUUCUUAGUUACCUUCAGUAAGCUGUCGCCCUUGAGUGAAGAGACUCCAUCACGUAUGGUGUCCCUUCAGAACUCACCAGUAAAAAUGUCACGUGCCACUCCUUCCACUCGCCCUCAAAUGUCCGAUGACGUAUUCGUAGAAGAGGAAGCCAGGUGAGAAACUUCUUUCUUAAAUCAGAUCGGCUUAUUUGAUUUGUGCUAUUAAUAACUUUUUCCUGUUUUUCGCAAUGUAUUUUCUGUGGGCGUUAGGAUUGAAAAUACCGGUACCUAACAGAGUGUUUUCACGUGACGUCACGGCGGCCAUAUUGUUGUCCCAAAACAAUGAAACGGCGGCCAUGUUGGUGUCCCAAACCAGUCCUGUGGGAGUUGAACUCUUUUCUUAUGCAAACGCUUUCUUUUGUUCCAAUAAAUUAGCAUAGAUGCUCGCUAGGUGAGUGAAAACGCUCUAUAAGCUCUCCCACUUAUAAGCCCACCCCCGAUUAUAAGCCCCUUCCCCCUCCCUCCCCCCCUGGAUAUAAGCCCACCUCAGAUGUAUAUUGAAAUAAAUUCGAUUGCCGGUGGCUUCACUUUCGGCAGAUUUUUCUCAGAGUUGCAAAGGAGCACGCCAUCUUUCUUUUCAGUAUCACAGUGUUCCUUGACAAAUAACACAUGGUCUCAUGGGAUAAAUAAACGGGACCAAAAUAAUUAGUAUAGGUAAUAGCGCGAUUUGUAGUGAUAUUUGGCAUAAAUACCAAGAGUGAUAUUUCAAAAUUGUUAUUUGAGACAAUUUUGAAAUAUAUCACGAGUGGUAUUUAUGCCAAAUAUCACGUACAAAUCAUGCUAUUAUUUGUUUAUACUACUACCCGCAAAAGGUUGUAAUUUUCACAUGUAGGUAUUUCAUAUUAAGCUGAAAUACCACUGCUCUAAGCCAAUCAAAUUGCAGAAAUUUCGCAUGUAGUGGUAUAAUAAGUGUAAAACGUAUUUUAAUCAACUCUGCUCUGCUAUAGCUUGUUUCGAAGUGCUUUUGAAUCAAUUUAGGUUUCUGGGAAACUGCCCACCUACCCCUCCUCUAAGCUAAUAUUACCACUGCUCACUUAGGGCUAAAUGAUGGCUUAGGGGAGGGGUAGGUGGGCAGUUUUCCAGUAACCUAAAUAGAUCCACACUUUUACUGUAGAGAGCUUUAGAUUUGAGGGCGAGUACGAGUACAAGAUUUAACUUAAAGUUUUCUUCCUGUUUUCAAAAGCUUGGGAAAAAAGUUAGUACGGUUAUUUAUACUGAAGGAGGUUAAGCCCUUUCCCGGUAGCAAAAUGAUAAAACUGCGUCCUUGGGGUAACUUGUUCCCGCCACUACGACAUUCUCGCUAAAACUCGUAGUAGAAUGACGGCGGCUAUCACGUUUCCCGCCAAAAUGACGCACUCGUAGUCGUCCUCGUCUUAGAAUCUAAACCUCUCUAUUUCGGUUGUAAGCACCGUCGGAUAUAAACCCCUUAUAAGAUGUAUAAGCCCAGGGCUUAUAAGCGGAAGUUUACGGUAACCGUUUGGGAAGGCACAUGCGACACGUUUAAGGUAGUGGGAUUCAUACUUCCAGAAACCAAAACAACGCCUGAAGACUAGAACAAACUGAAAUUCUUCAGUGCUCGCCUACCAAGAAAGGUAUGUUCUUAUGCACAGUUCAAAUACAGAAGACUAUCAUUUUGAUGCUGAUGGUUUGCAUGGUACUUGAAGAAAUUACAAGUCAGUGUUAUAUAUAAUCGACAACUGUUCUUGUUUGUCCUACUGAAAUUUUCACCUUGUCGGACACUAGCUUGUGUACCGCCACCGCUGUACACAGGCUGGUUGGACAUACGUCUCAUCCUAAAAAAACCACAUUAUUUUCAUUCCUGUAUGUGUUUUUCUUCCAUUGUCAGGUCUCAGCCAUCUCUCCCCACACCUAAGAAUAUGAAAAAGCUCCUCAGUUUGACCGACGAUGGUGAAAGUGAGCGCACCUCACCGACGCCGUCAUCCAUGACUGAAGAAGUAGGUGAAGAAGUCAGACCAGUGACUCCAGCUAGUCCUGUCUUUGCUAGGACAAGAAAAAUCGCCGAGAUCGCCGCACGACGACGUGUUGGACUCGAAAAGGGUCUUAGCCAAAGUAGAGUGGAGAUUGAUGACGAGCUUCCUUCAAAAUCCAACUCUGUAACGGAUAUGCGCGCGCAUGACCAAGCUGUCGGAAGUCAGAAGGAGAAACCGGACUCGAGGAUACCAGUGAAGGCAUCACUUAGCAUGAGUGACUUAUCUGUGAUUGACAGGAGAGCUGCAGACGCUUCAUCAGAAGACUCGGUACCUGUGGACAAGAGGAAAGGGGCUGUGAGAACUAAGCUGAACAAGGUCACUCAAAGGAAGCCCAGAAGACUGCGAUCCGCCUCUUUAGAUGAGGGCAAGGUCUUGAGAGGUGAGUGUUGUUGGCUUCUAAACAUUAGUGUCGAUAUUCAGCGGCACCGCUUAAUAUUUUAAGUCGUUGUCAUUGUCGUCGUCGUCUUCGUCGUCAUCACCAUCAUGAGAGACCUUAAGAUUCUAAGACAGGACGACUAUGAGAACAAAAUUUUCUCAAUACUAAGUUGAAGACACUCGAGGCAGGAUGAAUUUGCGUUUCAUACAAUGUAAAAAGCAGUUUUUCAGAGGAAGCUCCCACUUACCCUUCUGUUCAUACAUAGUCCUUAAUAAUACCCUUCACAAUACGGUUUGAAAGUUAAAUUGGAGUUUGCAUUUUAUUUUCCUUAAAACUCUCGCUACAAAAUACUCUCAGCUCACUCGUCCGUGUUUUAUUAUUAACUGAGUACAAAUAUUUUCAGUAAAACCUCGGCGCACACGUAAGGAAGAACUUCAAGAAGCAGCAAGGCAGAGGGCGGCGGCUGCUUUGGCUCAGAGGAAUCGGUUGUACGGAGGACAGCACACAGAUGCAAGAAAACAUGUUGUAUCGCGACGAUCGAGAGGGUCAAGUCUCAGUAAAACCACAACCACGCAAAGCACUGAUCAAGAAAGAAGAAAGACAGUCGUGAAAGCAGCUGGAUCAGCAGCUAGUAAUCCAGUGGAAGGUCAGUGUUGGAUUAAUUAUUUAAAGAUAAGUAAACUUGUUACAAUAUGUGGCAAGUGACUUAGGGUUAGUGAAACUGUGCCUCUCUGUGUCUUGGUACAGUUUCUUUCUCUCUCAUUCUUUUGUUUCUCUUUUCCCAGGUUUUUGUUUAAACAGGGUAAACAUACGUCUUUAUGAGUUUUUAAAUUCGCAAUGAAAACAAAAAAUGAAAGUCGUUAACAGUAUUUAUGUUUUGGUAUUUUUCCUACAUGUCGGAAGACUUGAGUUUCGUGCGAACAUCGAAAGCUAGAGUUCGAUAAUCGAUUAUGAAAGGAACUAACUCAAGCCUUUUUACAUGCCUUCGAGUUAAUUGCUUAAACACAUUAGUUCGGUAGCUUUCAUGCAAACUUCUCCUAUUUCUUGUUCUUCAACCUUCUAAGCCCCAAUAUCCACAUAUAAAUUCUCCAGACUGAUUAAUCUCUAUACAUUUCCUUAAAGAAUUAGUGGAGAAGAUUUGUUACAAGAUCAAAGAAUUUUCCCUUGGUCAUUAUUUUAUUAUUUCUCAUGCCCUUCUCUCUUGAUAAUGUAAUGACAUUGUCCGGAGAAAAUUGAUUUUGGUCGCUCUUGGCACUUCAGAGUUAAGGCAACAUAAAAGCUUUUCACGAGGUCUACAUAAGCACUUACUUUAUUGGUCAUGGAUAGUUGGUUUAUUUGUUGGUAAUAUUUUCAGGCGAACUUCAGACUUUCUGGACAAGUGUGACCCCGCCCUCCACUGUUCAUCAGUAUGGGGUCAACUACGGGAAGGGACACACCAUUCAAAAGAGAUACCGCGGACCAGCCGAGAUCAGCGGAACCGACUCAACCCAGUCCACUCCGAGACUAAAGCCAAGAAAAAAUCCGCCAAGGAAUGGGACCAAGUCUGUGGAUGAACUAUCAGUGAGUGGUGUUGCUGUGCGGCCCACUAAACAGGCAGCGGGCGUACGCAGAAGUUGAUGGCGUCAUAAAGAAGUUGAACGUCUUUGGGUCCACUUACCCCGUUCAGAAGAUGAAAAUUUGUAAUUGCAGUGAUGUAAUUAGUGAAACAGUGAGAGACUGAUAAGAUAAAUUUAAGGCAAAAUACCAAUUCCAGUGCCAAAAACCUGGAAACAGUCUAAGAGUAACUGUUGCUGUUAAAGAGCCAAAAAGAUGACCCACUCAAGUUUUAAAGCUUCCUUGUUAACAGUGACCGCUUCUCUAUAUGAAGUGUAAUACUACUAGGUCAAAAAUCCCGGACAGUUUUGUCAACUGAGAUCUUAUGCCUUCAUCUGUGAGAAGAAGAUAAUGGAUGUAUUUGUCAGCCUCUGGGUUUAAAGGAGUAAAUCACAGGCCUGACUCAAGUAAAUAAAUGUCUUUGUUCGAAAUCCAUAUGUACAUAAUGAAUGAAAAUUUACAUAACAGUACAUAGGCGCUAUAUAUUUAUAAGGUUUCUCAUU